AUGGUCAGUAUCUGUCUACCCCAGCCAGUUCGACUGCUGCCCGGAAUUCUGCAACCAUUGCUCUUCUGCCUGCUCAGUCUCGGAUUGCUGAUUCACACUGCCUUUCUUCCGUCUCCAAGGCUACAGCCGAUUUUCAAGGUCCGUCCUCUCGACGGCUCUGGAGGCACCGCCGCCGCCGCCUCUUUCGGCAGUCGGCCCGGCGUCUGCUUCAUUCAAGCCGGCCUUCUGUUCGCCCAAUUGGCCAGUUGGCUGCUGACCAGCGGUACCGGAUUUGAGGCUGCGAAUACACUCGACAGAGUUUCGCAGCCUCGAGGACGUCAAUUGGACACUGCCUCGAGUCUCGCCGCGAGCACCAGCGGAGGUUCAACGAUGAUGGGUGAGGCUCAUGCGAACGAAGCCUGGCCGACGGAGUUGUCGGGAGCAGGGCUGCUGGUGACGGGACCAGGACGUCUGGGUCCCUUGAACGUCUGGUUUCUUAUUUGUCUCUUCUUUCAAGUGGCCGCCAGCAUCAUUGCACUGAUCGACUUGGCGCAAGAGCGACGGUAUUCCCUUCGCAACAUUCAGAACAUCCAUUCUCCACUAGAGGAGGUGACGGCAGGCCUGACGACCAAGUGGCUUCCGGCUCAGCCGAACUGUCCAGCUUGCACUGGUGGAUGUGGAUCGCUGCAAAACUACCCGGUAGGCGGUUUUUUGGUUGAUUAUGAUGAUGGGAUCAGCUGA